UUUCUUCGAAUCAAGAAUUACUGGUUAUCUUUGCCUGCCAGGCCGUGUUAGUGUUUCCCGUUUUGUUUUGGAUUUUUUCACUUGCCAUCAAUAUUGGUGUAUCACGUGGCUUUAGUCUUUCUACAUAAGAAGCCAGAAGCCAUAACAAAGUGGAAAGAGCGUCGUGACUCGAUGUCACUUGAAAUACGAUCCGUUCUUGUUGGUGUGGCAUUCUCUUUCAAGUUUGGAAGGUUCUGCUGAAAGAAGCCUAAAUAUUGUCGAAAAACAGGCUUGUUUAGCGCUAAUUUGUGUUUCUAACAGAGAGUACUUCAAGGAAAAAGAGCGAACAUGGUUAGUUGGUGGAGUUUGUGGGCAAUGCUGCUCAUAUCGGGCAUGCUUUCUUUAUCAGAUGCCGAUGUAUUAAUUCCAUUAUCAGAUGACCUUCUGGUCCAGGGGAAGUCGACUACAGUUUCUUGUACGGUAUCAAACGGCGAAAAGUUCGUUGCUUGGGAAUUCGCUAAUAGUAGAAUCACCAUGGAUAAAGCUGCCUCGGUUCAUGUGGAGAAAAUCAGUGAUACACAAUAUAAUCUAGUUAUAUCCAAUGCAAAAGUCAGCAAUGGCGGUGUCUACACAUGUAGAGGUGACCUGGGAGGAAACAAACCCUUUACUCUGAAAAUAGAAUUCAGUUCAAACAAUGUUGAAUUAAAACAAUUCCUCCGCAUUGGCACUAACGACAAGAUCGUAAUCGGAGUAUAUGGAUACCCCAACCCUGAAUUUGAAUGGAAGAAGGACAACCAGCCAUUCAACCCUAACACAGGUCGCUAUCGCGCUCAGUCCGAUGGCACUGUACUCGUCAGUAAUGUUGAAGUCGCCGAUAAAGGGAACUUCAGCUUGAAAAUCUCCCAAGAUAACAAACGACGAUCUAAGGAACUAAAGAUUGAAGUCAUAACCUUCGAGCCCCCAGUGAUGAUACAAGUGCCUUUACCAGCUUCAAGAUAUUUAACUGUCGGCUUUAACACUACAUUCCAUUGUCGUGCCUCAGGGUACCCACCGCCCUCAUAUCAGUGGUUGAAUCCUAUAUUAAAGCCAGUAGACACCUUCAAUCCACGAUUCACUAUAGAUGGCGAGUACCUCUACAUUACCGAUGUAAAGAUCAAUGAUAAGGGGAGGUGGACUUGUAUUGCUACCAACGUACAGAAAUUUACUGUUAAUGCUUCUGCCGAAAUCAAAGACGUGUUUGUUCGUCCAACACUUCAAGCAAAAUAUCUGUAUGAUGUGGUUGUGGAGCAAGGCGAACGAGCGACCCUAGACUGUGUUGCUGAUGGCACUCCUUUGCCUAGGGUCAGAUGGUUGCGUGAUGGACGCUACGUCAUGAGACAGCAACUGUACAGUAGACGUAGUGUUAUAAGAUUCAAUCAAGCAACCAUGCAAGACAUGGGCAAAUACGUAUGCGAAACAACAAACGGUGCACGUGAUCAAAACGGUAACGUCAUUGUAGCACAGGAGACCAUUGGAUUGUAUAUUGAGUCGGCUCCAAAAAUGAACGUGAAGGGAACUCCGCUUACUGUGUACUCGUAUCUGGGUAACCCCAAACCGGUCUUCAUCAGAUGUAACUUCGAAGGCUACCCAUUUCCAAACGUGACUAUAUGGUUUGAUAACAUCCAAAUUGCCAAUGGAACGGAAGUGGCUAUUUUUGACAUCAUCACAAAUGAGCUGGAAGAUUUCGGAGAGUAUUACUGCUGGUCGUGGAAUGUUCAUGGGUCCAAAAACGUGACGGUUUCAUUGACACAUGCAAAACCUCCAACGAGACCAACAAAUGUCGUAGCUAAUGCCACAUGCGAUUCAGUGAUGUUGACAUGGGACGAACCGAAAGAUGACGGUGGCAUGGUUAUAGUACAUUACGUACUGAAUUUCGGUAACCAGCGGUGGAACACUGAAGACACCUACCCGCAAUACUUUAUAGAAGAACUGAAACCUGCUACUUCGUACACCAUUCAAAUACAAGCUCGAAACGUGAUGGGCGUCGGAGAUUACGAGACCGUUACCGUCACAACCAAGGAAUACUGUGCACCGGGCCAUCCGAUACUGUGGCAUCCGAGACAAAAAAUGAUCGAAGAUACAGCGUUCUUUUUGAGGUGGCACGAACCACAGAAAAAUGGAGGGGAUCCUAAUGUACGAUAUCAGGUGGUUGUAUCUGAGGACCUUGAGGACGGGCCCUUUCCUAUCAAGAAAGAAGAGACAGGAGUAACGGAGUUCUACGUGGAUAACUUAAAGUUUGGGAUGCAUUAUGAAAUCGAUGUGUAUGCGUAUAAUCAGGGAGGAUGGAGUGUGCCUGCCACCGGUCUUUACCAUGUACCCGCUAAAGAAGUUCUUACCAUGCAGUUAAGCAGUUCCUGUGGGCUGUCAAUCAGCUUCACCUUGGUAACACUACUGCUAUCAAUAACAUUCCUCUGGUAACCCAGUGACGUCAUGGUCCUAAUAAGGAAUGGGACAGAUGCGCGAGCAUCUUUCAACCACUGAACCGCUGUGUUCAGUUGUGUGUUUCUUCCGACUUCGAUGAAGUGGAAGAGAAUUGUUUAGAAAGCUUAUGUAAUGUAAACUCUUGACAAACAAAAUAUACAUAACCAGAUAUAUAAAUACGACCAUAUACUGAUCAUCUGAUGUAAGCAUAAAAAA